CCCUCUUCUUUCUGCUUUCUCUUACGGCGUCGCCUCCAUCCUCUUCAUCUCAGAACCCAAACCACCACCCAAACGACACCGUUCUACUCCCCUCACCUUCAAACCCUACCUUCCCCAAAGAUGGUUGUAAAACCAGGUUCGGUUCCAGACUUGGAGCCACUGCGGGAGCUCUUGAAGCCUCACAUAGAGUCCUUCGAUUACAUGGCUGAUGCUGGAUUGGAAAUCAUGUUCCGCCAUAUCAAACCCAUCGAAGUUCUCGACUCCGCGACAUCCACGAAGCUCAGAGUCUGGUUGGAUAACCCGAUGGUGUAUCCGCCUCAGAAGGAGGGGUUUUCGAGGACCAUGAAGUCGGCCUUACUUCCUUUUGAAUGCAGACAGGCGAAAAUUUCAUAUACAGGGAAGUUUACAGCUGAUGUUUGCUUUCAAUAUAAUGAUGGGCCUGUGAUAAGAGAAAAUUUGAAUCUUGGGCAGCUACCCAUAAUGCUACAGUCAAAACUAUGCAACUUGAGUGGUGCUGAUCCCCGAAAACUUGUGUCCUACAAGGAAGAAGCAUCAGAAAUGGGUGGUUACUUCAUCUUGAAUGGCCUUGAGAGAGUCAUUCGACUAUUAAUUUUGCCAAAAAGGAACUAUCCCAUGAGUACAGUACGGAAUUCAUUUAGUCAGCGGCGGGAGGGAUAUACUGAUAAAGCAGUUGUAAUAAGGUGUGUAAGAGCUGAUCAAUCCUCACUAACCGUAAAAUUGUAUUACCUUCGUAAUGACAGUGCAAGACUUGGUUUCUGGGUAAAAGGGAGGGAGUACUUGCUUCCCGUAGGCAUUGUUUUGAAGGCCCUCAUUGACACCAGUGACCUUGAAAUUCGUACAAAUUUGAAAAGCUGCUACAAUGAGAAGUAUGAAAAGGGAAAGGGUGCUGUUGGAACCCAGCGUGUUGACGAUAGGGCAAGAAUGAUAAUAGAGGAAGUUCGACAGUUGUCUCUUUUCACUCGCCUUCAAUGUCUAAAUUAUAUCGGAGAGCAUUUCCAACCUAUUCUGACUGAACUUAAAAAUGACAGCUAUGAUACCGUGGCCAAGGCAGUUCUAAAGGACUACGUGUUUGUUCAUCUGGAUGAUAAUUUUGACAAGUUCAAUCUGCUCAUCUUCAUGCUGCAGAAACUUUUCUCACUUGUAGAUGGUACGUCAGUGUUGGACAACCCUGAUUCUUUACAAAAUCAGGAGGUUUUACUCCCUGGACAUCUGAUUACACUUUAUCUUAAGGAAAAACUAGAAGAUUGGUUGCAAAGUGGAAAAGAUGAGAUGAAGAGAAAAAGCGGGACGUUUGAUUUCAGUGAAAUUUUUGUAGUUAAGAAGUGUUUUGAUAAAACUCCAGCAAGAGCUAUCAGUACAUCAAUUGAGAAUAUGUUGAAAACUGGAAGAUUGGUUACCAACACAGGUCUGGAUCUGCAGCAGAGGGCGGGCUAUACAGUUCAGGCUGAUAGACUGAACUACUUGCGCUUCCUCUCACAUUUUCGUGCUGUUCAUCGAGGGGCCUCAUUUGCUGGACUCCGUACUACAACUGUGCGGAAGCUGUUGCCUGAAUCUUGGGGUUUUCUUUGCCCUGUCCACACACCUGAUGGGGAGCCCUGUGGAUUGUUGAAUCAUAUGACUUGCACUUGUAGGAUUACGUCAUAUUUUGACUCCCAAGGAAGCAUUAAAGAUUAUUUUAAAAUUAAAAUAUCUAUCCUCGAUAUUUUAGUUGACAGUGGAAUGACACAAUUAGUGCCAAAGCUACUUCUACCUGGCCCACCUGAAGUUCUUACUGUUCUUUUAGAUGGUUGCAUUGUUGGUUGUAUCCCUUCUGGUGAAGUUGAGAAAAUUGUGGCUCACAUUCGAGAAUUAAAAGUGUCAUCUUCUGCAAUGAUUCCUGAUGAUCUCGAAGUGGGAUAUGUUCCUUUGAGCAUGGGUGGAGCAUAUCCUGGUCUCUACCUCUUCACUUCUCCUUCAAGAUUUGUUCGGCCAGUGAGAAAUAUAUCAAUUCUUUCCAAUGAAAACAAAAACAUUGAACUCAUUGGACCAUUUGAACAGGUUUUUAUGGAGAUACGAUGUCCUGAUGGUGGAGAUGGUGGAAGAAAGAGUUCAUUUCCUGCAACUCAUGAGGAAAUUCAUCCAACAGGAAUGCUUAGUGUAGUUGCUAAUCUUACGCCAUGGUCAGAUCAUAAUCAGAGUCCACGAAAUAUGUAUCAGUGUCAGAUGGCAAAGCAAACAAUGGCAUUCUCGUCACAAACAAUUCAGCAUCGUGCUGAUCAAAAGUUAUAUCAUCUUCAGACUCCCCAAACUCCCAUCGUUCGCACAAGCACAUAUACCAAAUACAACAUUGAUGAAUAUCCAACAGGCACAAAUGCUAUAGUUGCAGUUCUGGCAUAUACAGGAUAUGAUAUGGAGGAUGCCAUGAUUCUAAAUAAGUCAUCAGUAGAACGUGGAAUGUUUCACGGACAAAUUUAUCAGACUGAAACUGUUGACUUGACUGAACAAGGCAGCAGGUCUGACCCAUCUUCAAGAAUGUUCAGAAAAAGUAACAUAGAGAAGUCCAAGCUUGAUUCAGAUGGACUUCCACAUGUUGGUCAGAUGAUACGGCCAGAUGAACCCUACUGUAGCAUUUAUAAUGCUUCAACGAGUUCCACGCACACCUUAAAAAAAAAGGGUUCUGAACCUGUUUAUGUUGACUAUGUUGCUGUUGAUGUAAAAAACAAGAAGGACCUUCAAAAGGUUAAUAUUCGUUUUCGACAUCCGCGGAACCCGGUGAUUGGUGAUAAAUUUAGUAGUAGGCAUGGACAGAAAGGUGUUUGCUCUCAGUUGUGGCCAGAUGUUGAUAUGCCAUUUUGUGGAACUACUGGGAUGCGCCCAGAUCUCAUUAUCAAUCCUCAUGCAUUUCCUUCUCGGAUGACAAUUGCCAUGCUUCUGGAAUCUGUUGCUGCUAAGGGAGGUAGCCUACAUGGAGAAUUUGUAAAUGCAACUCCAUUUCGUGGUUCAGUGAAGAAAGAUAAUGGGGAAUCUGAAAAGUCAGGUUUGCUCCUUGAUGAUCUUGGUCAAAUGCUAAGAGAAAAGGGAUUUAACUAUCAUGGUUUAGAGGUUCUGUACAGUGGGGUUUACGGGAAAGAAUUAACAUGCGAGAUAUUCAUUGGACCUGUUUAUUAUCAGCGGCUACGCCACAUGGUUUCAGACAAAUUUCAGGUUCGAUCUACCGGCACAGUUGACCAGGUUACACGGCAGCCAAUAAAAGGACGAAAGCGUGGUGGUGGGAUCCGAUUUGGUGAAAUGGAACGCGACUCUCUACUCGCACAUGGUGCUGCAUAUCUUCUUCAUGAUAGGCUGCACACUUGUUCUGAUUAUCACAUUGCUGAUGUAUGUUCCCUUUGUGGAAGCAUGCUUGCAACAUCAUUUAUCCAGCCUCAGAAGCUUCCGAGGCGCGAGAUUGGUGGGCUGCCCCCAAGAAAAGCUCCGAAAAAGGUCAUCUGUCAUGCUUGCCAAACCAGUAAAGGCAUGGAGACAGUUGCCAUGCCCUAUGUGUUUAGAUAUUUGGCAGCUGAGUUUGCAGCAAUGAACAUUAAAAUGACUCUUAAACUAAAUAAUGGAGCUAGCGCCUGAUAUAUAUGAGUUGAGAGUAUAGUGGAUGUGUUAAGAUUAUGAUUUUGCAUGAACUUGAAUGUCUAAUGGAGAGCUCAAAUGAGCCAUGCAUACAUCUUAGUGCGACGAUGCAGAAUGCAAUUUGAAUUGUUGGCUGGUUUUAACAGUUUCAGAUAGAUGGACAAGCAUGAGGUUCAUCCAUGUUGUCAUGUAGAAUUAGUCAUUUAUUUAAUGGAUUCAGAAGAUGGGAGGAGAUAGAUAGGUUAUGUAAUAUUGGCAUGUAAAAUGUGUGGUAACAUUGAGUUUUGAUGAAAGUUACUUAAAUGGUUUGAGCACUGUUA